GCCGAUUGGGGCAUUCAGCCACGCACGAACACGUACAACUGUCUGUUGGUUGGACUCUCGUCGCGACGUGGGGCGUCACUGCAGCGCACUAUUUACGACGCCAUGUUGGAGAACGGCGUCAUGCCAAAUGCCUUUACAUUCCGUGUGCUUAUCCGACAGGCAGUUCUUGCUGAUAAUAUCGAUGAGGCGAUUGAGUUCCUGCAACGGGUGACAUCACACGUGGGACUGCGAGUGGAAGUAGAAAUGGUGCUCCCAAUAUUGGAGCGUGCCGCACGUGCCGGUGACGCGGAGACGGUGAAUCGCGUGAGCAAAUUUGCACUUGAAUGUGACAUUGGUAUUGACAGCGUCGUGCUGAAUGGCGUCAUAAAAAUGCUUACAGAGGCGGGGCAGGACGUGGAGGUGAUCAAAGGGCACCAGCCGCUGCAUGAUGCACUCCGCUCACGCUCCAAGACGGGGCGGCAGCGACCUAGAAGCGAGAUUGCUGCCUAA